GCGGGCAGGCGGCACCAUGCGGCGGGCGCUCGGAACGCUGGGCUGCUGCCUGGCGCUGCUCCUCCCGCUGCUGCCCGCGACGCGCGGCGUCCCGCACCGCCUGCGCCGGCAGCCGCUGGGCAGCGGCCCGGGGAGGCACGGAGCGGCAGACACUGCCUGCAAGAACCGUCCCCUCGACCUCGUCUUCAUCAUCGACAGCUCCCGCAGCGUCCGACCUGAAGAGUUUGAGAAAGUGAAAAUCUUUUUGUCAGAAAUGAUCGAUACUCUGGACGUUGGUGAAAGAACAACUCGUGUGGCAGUCAUGAAUUAUGCCAGCACCGUCAAGGUAGAGUUUCCCCUCCGGACCUACUUUGAUAAAGCCUCCAUGAAGGCGGCCGUGUCUCGCAUUCAGCCCCUGUCUGCUGGCACCAUGACUGGCCUCGCCAUCCAAGCUGCCGUGGAUGAAGUCUUCACUGAGGAAAUGGGUACCCGGCCAGCCAACUUCAAUAUCCCCAAGGUGGUCAUUGUUGUGACAGAUGGACGGCCACAAGACCAGGUUGAAAAUGUGGCAGCAAACGCCCGCUCGGCUGGCAUUGAGAUCUACGCGGUGGGGGUGGGCCGUGCUGACAUGCAGUCCCUGAGGAUAAUGGCCAGCGAGCCGCUGGAUGAACACGUCUUUUAUGUGGAGACCUAUGGCGUGAUCGAGAAGCUGACAGCCAAGUUCCGAGAGACCUUCUGUGCUGCAAAUACGUGUGCACUUGGGACCCACGAUUGUGAGCAGCUCUGUGUGAGUAACGGCGGAUCCUACCUCUGUGAUUGCUAUGAAGGCUACACUCUGAAUCCGGAUAAGAGAACUUGCUCAGCUGUGGAUGUGUGUGCACCUGGGAGGCAUGAGUGCGAUCAGAUCUGUGUGAGUAACAACGGGUCCUAUGUCUGUGAAUGCUUUGAAGGCUACACUCUGAAUCCAGAUAAGAAGACUUGCUCAGCCAUGGAUAUGUGUGCACCUGGAAGGCAUGAUUGUGCCCAAGUCUGUCGGAGAAACGGUGGAUCCUACAGCUGUGACUGCUUUGAGGGAUUCACUCUGAAUCCAGAUAAGAAGACUUGCUCGGCUGUUGACAUGUGUGCACCUGGAAGGCAUGACUGUGAGCAGGUCUGUGUGAGAGAUGAUCUGUUCUAUACAUGUGACUGCUAUCAAGGCUACGUCCUGAAUCCAGACAAGAAGACUUGCUCAAGAGCCACAACAAGCAGUCUUGUAACAAAUGAAGAGGCCUGUAAGUGUGAAGCCAUAGCUGCACUGCAGGAUUCAGUCACCUCACGCCUUGAAGCUCUGUCCACAAAACUAGAUGAAGUGUCUCAGAAGCUGCAAGCCUAUCAAGACAGACAGCAGGUUGUCUGAGGCAGCGUUCUACUCACCUUCAAAAUAAUCUUUCAUAAGCAAUUCUUUUUAUUGUGUUCAGCAAGCUUUAUUUUGUUGCGCAGCUUACAGAAGAGCAGUUGGCUGUUAUUAUUGGCAAGUGUCAAGAAGACUUCAGGAAGACAAUAGUCUUGAAAGUACAGUGACCCUGAGGAUCUUCAUGUACAUUCAUUUUGUAACAAUAAAGCCACCUGUACCUGCUUUGGUCUGUACUGCCAGGAGUACAGCAGGUAUUUCUGUUCUGCAGUAACUGCAUUUUUAUUGUCUUAUUUAAAAGAAAUACAGGAAAAAAAAAUGUACGGGUACAGUAUUCACUCAUAUAAAGCUGUGAAAUGGCAAGGCAAAGUAAAAGUGUGCCCAUGGAAUCUGUCCAUUAAAAGGGAAAGUAAUUUGGGACCUUGUAACUUAUUUUGAUAAAAUAAAAUACGAUCAAGCACACUGAUGUUGGAAGUGGUAUUUUUAAUGCGUAUUGAAGUAUGUGUAUUACAAAAUAGAUUAACAAAGACCAGGAAACAAAACCUCAAAGAGGCACUGAAUCACAGAAAUCUGCAUCAUUAAACAGGACACUGCUGCUGAGUCGCACAGUUUUGGAAAAAGAACAGUUUGAUUUUGACUCCUUGCUAAUGUCUGUAGGAGACUAAUAGUCAUUUCAAGGUUCUGCACUUGGAAAGGCAAAAUAUUUGCUCCACUUUAAGGUUUUUAUCUUGUAAGAGUUAUGUAAGCAAGCAGUCUCUGCUAUUGUCCCUCCAAAAGCUCUCCCAGGGCUACUGGUAUCAGUUGGGCACACAAAGUUGGGCAACAAAACUUGCUGUGCCAAAAGAAAUCCACUUAUUCUGCACACUUGCAUGUGCAAUCAUGCAAAUGUUUUUAAAACUAUAUUUAAAUUAAACAAAGUAUUAAAUUGGUGGUUGGUAUGCCAAGGACAUGCUGUAACAAGACUGAUGCUCAUGUCACACCCUGUGCUUAGUAGAUACAAACUAUUUCAAGGAAAGUUGGAGGACAGGAAUUCACUUAGCAUGUAUUUUUGAGUGAAUGCUGUUGAACAGAGGUUCACCCCACUAAUGGCAACAGUAAAAUGCAAGAGUGAAAAGCUGAAGAUCUUUCAGUAGGAUGAAAACACUGUAUGUUUCAUCUUAUUCUCUCACGUACUUGUGUUCUGAAAUGGUAAAAUGGAAUGAAAAGCUGUGUAUAUGAGUGAGCCUUCAGGUAUGUCUGUCCAGUAACGUUACGUUCAAAUGAAAUUCUAAAUGAUGAACAGGAGACACAGCUUCAGCAAGAACUGAAAAUGAGUCUGCAAACUCUCCCAGGCUGCUGGAUUGGUGUGUCAGCGUUAUGCUGUAAAGUGCCUCCACCCAUUUGCUGCCUUUCAGCUACAGUUGGCAUGGGACAACCUAACUGUUUCAGUUGCUUCCUCAAAGUACUGUGCGUGCAUUUUUUUUUCUGUAACUCAUGGAGUUUUAUAUCCAGCUCUUUACUUACUUUUAUGUCCUUGGGUUGAACAUGGGUAUUAUAUAAGGAUUUAUGGGAGCAGGGGUAUGCCACAGCCUCCAUAAUUAGAAAAAAUAAACAAGUUGUAAAUCUAAUGCAGGUUCCUGGCAGCUGGGAGCAAAUUACAGUAAUCCCACUUACACUAGGGCUGGUUGUCAAAUGAGAUGUAUAAUUUUAUGAUAGUGGAAAAUUGUCCUGGAGGCCAGAUCUGCCUUGCAAGCUGUCAGCUGGACAAGCUUUGUUUCAUGUGCUAGCAUUCAUAAUGCCAUUCUACCUGGCAGAUGAUAGUAUCUAACAUUUAAUUCCUCUGAGCAAUUGUCUUGUCU